AUGAGCAAAUUUGUCCAACAAAUUCGUACGUACAAUACCUUUGACUCGAAAUAUUUGGUCAAACGCUAUAAUACAUGGCUGGAGAACAAUAAGCUGUUUAUGCAAAUGGAGUGCUGUUCCCAUUGUUUGCGCGAAAAUUCAGCCAGCCUAAAUAAACAGGACAUAAACAAUAUCGGUAUUAUUGGUAAAAGUCUGUUUGAGUCUCUUAUAGAAAAGAAACAAGAAUUUUCAUUCAAACUACUGAUGCGGAUACAGAAGAGUUGGAAACGUGUUUUAUGUGAUGUCGGCGUCAAUAUCGAUACAAUUAACGACUUAUUUAAUCGUAUGACGAGUGAAACCCCGGCGAACCGGACGACAACAGAACUGAUGCAAGAAUUUAAUAGAAUCUCCAGAAAUAGUAUUCAAAUCGAUGAGACAAUGAUUGCAAGCUCAUUCAACAGCGGGAAAUACAUGUUGGGCACAACUGUAAGCACUGAACAUCACUCGCGGCUCCACUCCAGGCAUACAUCGACUGAGUUGUGCCAAAAGAGGUCAUCCAUUGCCACCGUUUCCGGCAAUUCCGACAACUGUUCCGAACAUAUAUUCCAUUAUUCCGUGUCCUCUAAGAUGUUGGAGUUUAAGAAACUUUAG